CAGAUGAGAUCAGCCAUGAUGGUAUUAAAUGGUGGAACAGGCUCAAGGGGCUGAAUGGCCUCCUCCUGUUCCUAAUGUUCACUGCUUCCUUCCGCAGGUUGCUCAGCAACAGAAGGAGUGUCAGACGACACAGCGAGCAGAACGAGAGGUGACCCGUAUGGUGGUCGUCAUGGUGAUGGCGUUUUUGAUCUGCUGGCUUCCUUAUACAACCUUUGCCCUAGUUGUUGCUGUGGAUAAGGACAUUGUGAUUUACCCCACCUUGGCCUCCAUGCCAUCCUAUUUCUCAAAGACCGCCACCGUCUACAACCCCAUCAUCUACGUCUUCAUGAAUAAACAGAGUUUGGGAGAUUUAUCCACAAAUCUUUGGAGUGUGUGGAACAAUAUGGAGAAUUAGCAACCAGGAAUUUGAUAAUGUAAUUCUGGAGAACUUUCCUUAAAGUUGUGAGUGUGACAGGAACAGGGGAAUGUGGUCGGUGUCUCUGACUCAUACUUUCCUCUCCUCUAGACUUGACUAUUUCAAUAUAUACUCCUGCUGGUCUCCCAUCUUCUGUCUCACCAUUAAAUGAAGCCAUCCAACAUCCCAACCUUGCACAAAGUCCUAUUGACCAUCCGCCCUGGGCACAAUGACCAACACUAAGCCCCCAGUUAGGAACACCUCGAUUUGAUAAUUCUUUGUUUUCAAAUCCAUUCAUGGCUUCAUGGCCCCUCCCCCAUGACCCUGUCUCCGUAACCAGCGGCAUAGACAGAAAUCCUGGGCCCAGGCUCCUG